ACAAAAUUUAUUGAUCCGUUAUAGGUACAUUUUGUCUGCUGCUUAAACCCGUUGUAAAAGAGCAGCAGUUUCAUCGAUGUCCUUGCGGAAACUGCAACACACCGCAAGCGUGAGACUAAUUUGCGUGUAACGCUCCAGCACUUAUGUCAAAAAGAGAGGCUACCUAAUCUUAUGGAUAAUUCUCACAGAAAGCCGCUUUCCCCUCUCGUCGUACCAGAUCGACUCAAUCAACCAAUACCAUCUGUCCACCGCGACCCAGGAUCCUUGGCCUCCAAAAAAACGCCCACAUCAAUCACGGCCCGCGCGCGGCCAGCACCUGCUUUGUCUCCAAUCUUCGGCAAGUGUCUGAAGUCUCAGGCGUCAAAGUUUGCUGCGAAAACUGAUAAAUCUGCAGCGACGACCAAUCCGCCUGCUUCCGAGGAAAAUGCCCCCAGUCAAAAAACUACAACGUUCAAGAACUUCGAUGAGCACAAAUCCGGGGAAGCAUUUCGAGAUGUUCUACAGCCCAAAUCCAAUGCAGAACCUCGCGUUCUCUCUGUCAACAGAGGCGCAAGUCCUGCAAAAACUUGGAAUGCACCUGAUCUUUGGGCUGAAAAUCAAAGCCUGAGGGUGCAGGUUUCCAGACUGAGCACCGAGCUUGAAGAACUGAAAAAUCAAUCAGCGUUUCAGAAGGAGAAGCUUCUUUAUAGGAUAAGCCAGUAUCAAGCCGCAGAGUUGAAAUUGACAGAGAGGCUUCGAAAGCUAGAGUCGGACCUCACCUGUCAAAAUUUGCUCUACCAGUGCGCAAUCAGCACCAUUGAAGAUCUGGAGGAAAAUGUUCGAAUUCGGGAAUAUGAAGUGGAAAAAACAGAGCAAGACAAGAAGCUGAAGGCUUGGAUCGAAGCGAACGAAGGUCAAAGGACAUCACCGGAUGAAGACACCAUUGAGCUCGAAUUAGAAAUUUGAAACUCACAAAAUGUAAUUUUACAAUCACAAAAAUGUUAGAACAAGCACUGGUAGAUUUGUCUCACUAUACGUAAAAAUGAUGUUUUUAUUCAAGCGCAAAAGCCUGCUUUUUACAUAACUGGAAGGUAAACAAAUGAAUGAUGUUUUUUAUGUCUGAUUAAAGUUGACGUGGUCAGAUGCAUGCUAUGAGGGUUCUGACUGGUGCAUUCACGUUUAAUGCGUCGAGGAGGAAUGUAUAUACCGUAAUACAGGAGUUGGCGUGAAAAGAUGGAACGCGCUUUUUUUAGGAUGAGUCGCUUAGAAACAGAGCUAAUUUUGAUUCUAGUUCUUGUGACUUGACCCUUUCUGUGACACGGGUGUUGAGAGCCAAUCCUAAGAUUGUGGUGAAGGUGACAAGAGCAAUGAACAAUUGAUAUGGUAAAACUAAGCCUAAUAGAAAGCCUAUUGAUAUACCAAUUCCUGAUGUAAUUCUGAAUGCGGCCAUGCAGUAGCUUACAUUAUCAGGAAAUUGUUUCAUGUAAGUGCUUUGAAUGAUAGUGUUUUCAACGCCUUCCAGACUUCCGAGAAGUAGUGCACCUAGAAAGAAAAGCCAUAUUAUUUGGUAUGAAUGAGCAAUCAUAAUAGAGAGCAUAGAUAGCAAGAGCGCAGACAGAUUAUAGACACCCAAUGGGAUCCAUCCAAAUCGAUCGAACCCAUGCCCAGCGAGUGCGCAGCAUAUAAGGUUACUGACACCGUAGAGACAGCCCAAGACGGGCACUAGUUUUGGAUCUGGCAGAAGGAGUGGGAGCGUGCCCCAUGCAAAGGUAGAGGUGAGCCCCAGGCUGAUGGAGUACGGCGUUGUGAGCAGGAUAGUCCGUUCUUUGAUUAUGGUAAAUGUGCGAGACAGAAUGCUUUUAGUAUCGAAAUCGAGUGUUUUCGACUGUGGUUCUUUCAAGAAUACGAAUAAGGCAGACCCAGAGGCACAUAGAGUCAGCAGUAUACAGAAUAGCAGUCUGUAUGAUGGUGUCUGUGAUAGAUAGAUGGCGAAGGCAAUGAGGAGAUUACCAAUGAUCCCUGCGAGGAAGUAAGUACUGAGAAAUGUUCCGUUGAAUUUUCCAACAAUUUGAGGCGCGUUUUGAAUGAUACGACCUAUAUAGGCACCUUGUGAUAGCCACAUAGGUCCGAGUGCUGAUCCUAGCAAUGCGCAAGACACAAGUAUCACGAAUCUGAGCUGUUCGGGAUUUGUGAGUGUGACCAGAAUAGAGAUGACGAAUGUGACGACCAAGCACGAGCACGAGAACAGGACAACUCGCAGGCUGAAUAUUUGGACGAUCAAGGGACUAUAGAAAAUUGAGAUGGUAAAAAAGAUGUACAGGACGAAGAGUGCCCAAUAGCCAAGAUUUCCGAAGACUGUUGUGAGCAAAGUUUGACAGGGAAGGAAUCCUGCAAAUAGAAAGAAGAAGCAGGUACAGAAAUAUGCUAGCUCAGCUAUUUUUGGAAUCGGUUUAUCUUGCUCUUCGCUCCUGUUGAUGAAUGCUGUUUGGGGAAUGUGAGGGAUUCGUUUCGAGUAUAUGGUCGGAUCGUGAUUAAGAAAGUGGAACUAAAACACCUUUGCCACAAUGCAUUUAACUAAAAUGACUGGAUUGGAAUAGAGACACACUACGCGGACAUCAGGAGUGAUUACGAAGGACAUGUAUUGGAUAUGCCUGAUUCCCCGUAGACACGUACCUGAGCUCACAUUGUUGUAGUCACUUUUUUGUUCUUCGGAUUUCUGGGUUGGCUUGAAACAGUUUGCUUGCUUGGAGUGAAAUACAUCAUUUUCCGGUACUUCUGGUAAUCUCCAUUGAUUGGUUGAGGCCAUUUCUAAAUCAGAAAGGGGAGGCCAUUGAUCAAGAGAUACUACUAGCGGACUGUCAUUGGUCAUUGGGAAAGUUUUCUCGUUAUUGAACAGAUAUUCUUGCGCAGUUUCCAGCAUAUCGCCUUGUUUAUGGUUGUAUUUAGAAGCGUUUCGCAGGCUGGGGACUAUUCGACCGGACUUAGCGAAAUUUUGAUGGAAAUGCGUUUCGGUCGUCUUUUCAACGUCCUUUUGCGUAUGAUUGAGAUAAUUUGUAAGAGAUGGCUUUAUUUUUGGAA